AUGAUGGAGGCUGUGAAAGAGAAUGGCAACGCUUUGCAGGCUGCUUCUAUUCCCCUUCAAUCAGAUCACGAAAUUGUAAUAACAGCCAUUAGACAAAACCCGUUAUCUUUAUUGUAUGCCUCCAAACACAUGAAACAAGAUGAGCAAGUGGUGUUAGAGGCUGUCUCUCGAAACAUGAAAGCACUAGCAUACGCUUCCACAGAUUUACAAUCGAAUCGCUCUCUGCUCGUAAAAGCUUUUACAAGUACCUUGCAAAAGGAUUUCGUUAUCAGCUCUAACCAUUUGGGUGUAGGACGGCAUGCCAGCAUUCAAGAUGAAGGUGAUGAGGAGGAGAGAAAAUCGAAUUCCAUCUUUUCAGAUGCAUCAUUUCUUUAUGAAGUCAUUCAACAUGGGACCAUUGAAAUUUUGCAGAAUGAAGAAUUCUUCUCAUUUAGAAAUGAUUGUGACUUUAUGCUGCAGGCUCUUCGCUACAAUAUAAAAGCACUAAAAUACGCUUCCCAAAGUUUGAGAAAUGAUAAGGAUUUUAUGAAGAAUGCUCUUUCCAUUUUGAUGUUGAAAAGUCAAAGUACAGAAGGACAAAAAGGUCCAAACGAAAGCGUCUCCAAGCUCAUGUUACAGAUUCAAUGUUAUUAUGAACUAAAGGAUGCAUUUGAUUCUAACAAGCAGUCUAAGAUCGAUCCAUCUGUUGUGUUGAAGGCACUUCAGUUUGAUGGUUUAGCUCUCCAAUACACUUCCAAGGAAAUGCAAAAUGACAUGGACAUGGUCAUGGAGGCAGUGAAGAAUUUUCGAUAUAGGUGUUCUUGCCAUUCAGAAGAGAAUGAGCAAAUGCAUCCAUUGAUCUAUGCUUCUUCUGAGAUGAGAAAUGACCAUCAGGUGGUCAUGACUUCACUCGAGUAUGGUUGUACUUGUUCCCUGCAAUAUGCAUCAGAAGCACUUAGAUCAGAUAAGGUAUUUAUCAUGGAACAAAUCAAGCGUUAUGGUGCUUCUCUGAUGCAGUUUGUGUCUGAUUCAUUAUGGAACGAUUCACAAGUGAUUGAAAUAGCCAUACAAGCCAAGGGUUUUUGCAAAAUGAGAAAGGUAUCCCAAGAAUAUUUAUUGUCUCAAUCGAAAGAGAUCAUUCUUCAAAAAUUGAAACUAGUAUGCAAACAGCCUGACAGUUACCAUCAGGUUCAUUUACGAAAAGAGCUGUUCAAGUUCUUUCCCCUCACUGUAGAUCAUCCAUUGUUGAAUGAUGAAGAACUUUGGUUUUCAGCUCUUUCUUUUAGAUCUCAAAUCCUGGAAAUGUUUCCUUUAAGGUUUUUCAACCAUGCUCCUCAGAAAAAAGUAAUCGAAAGUUUGAAACAUAAUGGCUCUUGUUUAGAUAGGUUACCAGAGAAAGUGAAACAGAAGUUGAACUGCAAAAACAUGCUUCUCGAGAUUGCCUUAUUGGAGUCAGGAUUUUCACUGUUGACAACUGCCAAGAAUGAUUUUGAAAGGAGAAUGAAACAUGUUUAUGAUGGAGUGGUAUUUCCGAAUUCAUACUUUGAUGAGAAUUGUUUCGAGGUAAUUUCUGAAAAGUCCAUUUUCCAAUUACUGAAUUCUCAUCUUCAUUAA